AUGCUUCUAAUACGAAAGUGUAAAAAUCAAAAUUUACAUAGUUCAUCAUUCACUUUCGAUAACUUUAUGAAUUUGAUACAAAGAAAGAGUAGUAAACCACCUAUUCCAAAACAAAUACCAUUUAGUUCAGUUUAUUUUGGAAUUGAACGCGUCGAUGAAUUUCAAUGGCUACAAAAUUCCGAAAAUCACGAGGUCCUGAAAUACAUUAAAGCUGAAAAUGAAUAUACAGAAUCUCUUAUGAAAGGCACAAAAUCAUUACAACGACGCUUAUCUCAUGAAUUGAGAAAAAAAUUGAUCACUCAAGGAAUUAUGGCACCUAUAAAGACUUUUGUGGAUGGAUAUGAGUAUUAUACAAUAUCAACUAAAUACGGGCUCAAAUAUUGUCGUAAUAAAAAGGGAUUUCCUCCGAUAGAAGAAGUUCUGUUGGACUCGAAAUGGUUGGCAGGAACAAAAAAAUGCAUUCGAACAUUAUUAAUAUCACCGGAUCAUAAGAUACUUGCUUAUUUAAUAGAACAAGAGGGUGAAGAAGUUUACGCACAUCACAUUGGAAGUUCCCCGCAGCAUGAUAUUCUUAUAUAUGAAGAUGAUGAUAAAUCAUCAUUUGUUGAUAUUACAGUUACAAAGGAUAAGUCUUUUAUCGCAGUCAAUUCAAAUAGUUUUUCCACUUCUGAAGUACGAAUUUUUGACGCCCAUCAUGACUUUUCUAAAGGAAUUCCGGAACUUAAACUUAUUGAACCACGUUCAUCUGAUUUGGAAUAUUACGUUGAUCACCAUAAUGGAUACUUUUAUAUUUUGACAAAUGUUGCUAAUACGAGAAAUUUUAAAUUGGUCCGUGCAAGUCUCGAGAAUUGUAAUAAAAGGAAUUGGGAAACUAUAUUCUCAGUCAAAAAUAACGAAAUGAUAGAAGAUAUUGACAUAUUUCGUAAAUUUGCUGUGAUAUUUGCAAAAAGAGAAGGAUUACCAAUAAUUUUCUGUUACAAUUUCGAUUCACAUGAUGUGCAUCAAAUUGAAUUACCAACAAAAUUUGGUGUUGCGUCUCCGGAAACAAAUAUUAAUUAUGAUACGGAUAUUGUAAGGUUCACUUGUGAUUCUCCAUUCGCUUGCCAAUCAAUUUAUGAGUAUAAUAUGGAAACUAGGAAAUUACAUUCAAUAAGAUCUAAUCCUUUUAAUAAUUUUGAUCACACUUUAUACGCGUGUCAUCGCAUAUAUGUAAACUCAAAGGAUGGUUCGAAAAUACCAAUUACUUUAUUACAUAAGAGAUCUUUGGUUCUGGAUAACAAAAAUCCGGUGUUAAUUAGAUGUUAUGGAGCUUAUGGAGUUUCAACUGUGCCUGAUUUUCAACUUGAACAUUUCUCAUUGUUAGAAAGAGGUUGGGUUAUUGCACUUGCACAUGUCAGGGGAGGUUCGGAGUUAGGUUACGCGUGGUACGAUCAAGGACGAUUGAUGAAUAAAAAAAAUUCGAUUACAGAUUUGAUUUCGGUAAUUGAAUAUCUUAUUGAAGCUGGAUAUUCAAACCCAUCUCUUAUCGCGUCAAUAGGUUCUAGUGCUGGUGGAUUAUUAUUAGGAGCUGCCUUUAAUAUGCGACCAGAUUUGUUUCGUGCAAUUAUCUUGAGAGUUCCUUUUUUGGAUCCGUUAUCAAGCAUGUUAAGUCCUGAUUUGCCACUCACUCGGAUUGAGUAUAAUGAAUGGGGAAAUCCUCUGGAAAAUAAAGAAACCUAUGAAUAUCUGGCCAGUUACGCGCCAUAUGAUAAUAUUUCAACUUUACGAUCACGACAAACUUGUUCAAUUUUGGUUACAGCAGCCAUGAAGGAUCAAAGAGUUAGUUAUUGGCAUCCAUUAAAAUGGGUAGCUAGAAUGAGAACAAGACAAUCAACAGAUCAUAAUGGUAAUUUAUUAAUUUUAAAAAUUGAUAUGGAAGGAGGGCAUUUUGGAGAUGAAAAUGAUCAAUCGAAUAGAAUUAAAAAUGUAGCCUUUGAACUUGCGUUUCUCAUUUCCCAAGUUCAAAAAACAGAAUAA